GCGAGGUUAGGGAAGAGUGUUAGGGAAGGCAGACGAACGAGAGGAAUUAAAGAGGAUAGAAGGUUGUAACGAGCAGUGGGCAGAGAAAUAACAAGAAAAUGGCUUACGUGAAGACAGUUACAGCCGGUGAAUACUUUGAUAAUCAGGACAGUUCCACACUGGCUCUACCGCCGCCCGGGAAGUUGAGCACCCUGGCCCGAAUGGACAGUGAGAAGAGAGUCUGCACUCAAGUGCGGAUGGUGAUGCAGAACAAGAGAAAUCAGCAGAAGUCCAUUAAAAAAGAAUUAUCAAAUGAGCAGUGGAACAUGAACCAAAGAGACAUUUUUGAUUUUGGAAAUUCAUUUCGAAAUAUGUCCAUUAAGAACCAAGGGACUCAGAGGCGCAAGGAUUCCCAGUAUAAUGGUACCAUGAGUGGGGUUUCUAGCAUGGAAAAUAGUGUGACUUACGGAACAGGAAUCUCCAGAGAAUAUCAGCAUAAGAACCAGUUCAGCUCUUUUAGCGUGAAGGGGAACCGAUCAAUCAGUGUGCCAUCACAUUAUCGAAAGUAUUCUGGUCCACAAGGCCCACAGGGUGACAAUGAAGUCUUCUAUCGAGGCAUGUCAAGCAGUCGAAGUGAACCAGAUCUCAUAAAUAUAGAAAAUAUACAGACUUUAAGAAAACUGAGAAGCAAGAUUCGACCUGUAGAUCGGACCAAGAGCCUUCAAAUAAGGAGAAGCAAGAUCCAACGUUCUUCGAUGCUUCCAGAUACGAAAAGUCAGGAAAAUGGAAGGCUAACGUCACUGGCCUCAAAAUUUCAUGGUUCCCAAAGGGGAAGCUAUAUUCAGAGAACAAUAAAUGGAAUGCGAGAAUUUGAUUCAGACAUGGACCUACAAACAGCAGUGAUGUUUUUAUCCAGUAAGGAUCCCAAAAUCCUGUCCUAUGCCUCUGCCUACAUCCAGCAUGAGUGCUUUAAGGAGGACAGUGCUAAAACAGCGAUUUACAGAAUGGGUGCAAUUCCCCAGCUACUGAGCCUCUUGAGAAUCAAAAAUGACAACAUUCAACAAUCUGUCUGUGGAGCUCUUCGAAAUGCAGUCUACAAGAACACCACCAACAAGCUUGAAGUAAAGAAAAAUGGUGGACUCAAACAAAUACUUCAGCUCCUGAGAGAAACAAAUAAUCAAGAAACACAGAAGCAAAUUACUGGACUUUUAUGGAACCUUUCAUCAUGUGAGAACCUCAAGCAGGACCUGAUUAAUGAUGCUUUGCCGGUCCUGACCGAAUCGGUCAUUAUUCCAUAUGCUUCUGAGGAGUAUGAAGACCAAAAAACUAAGAAGUCAGAGGUUUUCCACAAUGCUACAGGAUGUUUAAGGAACCUGAGCUCUGCUGGUCAAACAAGCCGCCAGUUGAUGCGCAACUCCCAUGGACUAAUUGAUUCUCUCAUGUCUCAUAUUCAAACAUGCAUUAAUGAAAACCAAGCUGAUGAAAAAUCUGUUGAAAACUGUGUCUGCAUCCUACACAACCUCUCUUACCAGUUGGAUUCCGAAAUGCCAACUGCAUUCAGUCACAUAAAUGAGAACGGACAUGUGCAGAACCGAAGUAGAGCAACAAAGAAGUCCUCAAUGGGGUGUUUCAGCCCUGGAGCUGAUCAGUUUGAUGAGUCUGAUUCAUAUAAUAUGCCUCUCCCUCAAGAGGAUGACAAUCCCAAAGGUGUGAACAACCUUUCACAUUCAAAAGCAAUCAAAAUGUAUACAGCUCUCAUGGAUAAAUCCAAGUCUGAUGCUACACUGGAAGCUUGUGCUGGAGCUCUGCAGAACCUUACGGCCAGCAACAAAAUGCUAUCGUACCUGAUGAGUUCAGCAAUAGUAGAUAAAGAAAAGGCGCUUCCUCAGGUCGCAAAGCUUCUCAGUUCAAGCAACUUGGACAUACAAAAAACUGCAGUUUCAUUGCUGAACAACAUGUCAAGGCAUAAUAGUCUCCAACAACAAUUGGCAUCUCAGACAUUGCCAGAGUUAGCACGGCUUCUCCCUGGUGAACGCAGCCGCUCCAAGACUCCGGAUGACACCAUCGCUUCUGCCUGUAAUAUUAUGCGAAAUCUGAUGCCAAGUAAUACCGCCUUGGCAAAAACAGUCCUACAGGGUUCUACAUUGAGAAAUCUGAUGAGCCUCAGUAAAUCCAGUGAUUACCCCUCAGCUGGAAAAGCUGCCUGUCUUUUCCUGUAUGAACUGUGGGCACAGAAAGACUUGCAGAGUUUCUUCAAAAAGGAAGGAUUUGGCAAGAAGGACUUUGUAAAUCAUCUGACAUCAGCUGUUGUCAAAUUAGCUCAACAUAAUCCUGGGACAUUCCUGAGCAAAAGAUUAAUUUAACUGAAAGGUUCAGUUCUCUAAAGGUGUAUUCUCUUUUGAUGACUAAAGAUCACUUCAACGGAACUCUGAUUACACUGAAUUUAUGCAGAAGAUUUGUAUGUUAAUCCAAAAAUGAAUCUUGUGGGAGUGGGGAGUGGUGAAACUAAACUUGUUUUUUUUUUAAUUUUGCUAUAGUUUGUAAAAUUAAGUGCUGCAGGCUAACAGUUCACAAUGUACAUUUAUAAGUCAGUGUGGCAAAAUUUUCAUCAGGCAACAUGCCUCACCCUAAAAUUUCAAGACCAGAAUUUUACACCCAGCUUUCUGACACCCGCCCAACCCCCUCCCAAGCCCAGGUUGGCAGGCAAGGGGACUAUAAAUUUGGGCAUGGCGCCAUGCCAGUUGACUACCUGCUGCUGCUGGAAUUUUACCUAACAUGGUGGAGGCAUCGGGUGACUCACUUGCCCAGGGACCAAUUGAGGCCCUUAAGUAGCGGAUUACAUGUUGGGCUGUGCCCAGCAGAGGACCCUGAGCUAGUCCCCUCCCACCUGACAAAGCCGCCCCAUUUCCUUUGCUGUGUUCAUGGUGUUUCUUCUUCGGGGACUGUGUGUAUCGCAACGAUGGACCACUUGAUUGGCCAGCAGCUCUCUGAGAUGGGAUCACCUCCCAGAUGGAAGCAGAAGUCCUGCUUCAAGCUAGUUAAUGGUCUGGCAGCCGUAAAAUGGCUGUGUGCUGAGCCGGUCAAUGUGGAGGCGGGCUUGUCACCAGAAACAUUUUUGGUAAAUUCAAGCUGCUUUUCUGUCACUCCUGUUUUAAGUGUUAAAUGAAGUUGUGAUUUUUAAGUCGGGAGCAGGGCCACUACGCCCACAUAAAAUGUGUAUUGUCGUAUUGCCUUGGUCCAGUUGAAGUAAUCGUGACGAUCAGCAAGGUGGCUAAUUGUCACAGUGCAGUGUUCAUUGGGGUAUAUUGGAUGCUUGUUGGAAAGUUAUGCGUAAAAGAACUUCAGAUAAUUUUGCCACAUUAUUUCAGUAGGAAAGUAUUUAGAAUGACUGUUAUAUUUUGCUAUGUGGCAGAUAGAACUUCAGAUCUCGAAUCCUUUUAAAAUAAAUACUUGAACCUGUUUUUUACAAGCCUUCUAAGGUCAUCAAUUCCUGAAUAUUCUAAUAUUUGCCUCUGCAAACAUUCUUUAAGAAUGUUGGAAUAAUGAAUAUGCAUUAAUAGAAGACAAAUAUUGCAGCCCAAAUACUGUGACUUACCAUGAGCAGAUCUAAUCACAACACACAGAUAACAAAUGACAAAGCAAAAAUGUUCACUGUUUAAUUUACCAUCUAUUUGAUUUGUUGUGUACUUUCUAAGCAUGCAUGUCAUGUGUUCCUGCUGCUCAUGCACCUUCACUGUAUACGAAUGUACUUUAUAUUGCUCUCUUUAUUCCUUUCUCUGGAAUAGUUAGUGUUUAAACUGCUAUUGUUAGAAUGAUGUUGGGAAUUUAUGACUGUUAAAUCUGUAUCUCCUGCCUCUAAUGUCCAUAACAUAUUGGUUCAGUGGGUUUACUGUGUAAGCACAUAUCUCAGAAAAAUAGUUCAAAAAUAGAUGAAGCCUAGAGAAAAUAUUAAAACAACUUCACAGUAAAAUAAUAUUGUACCACGUGAGUUUAAACAGGUUCAAAGGCAAGUAGCCAUCCAAUUAUUGGACGGAUUACUAUUAGUGUCAUUAACUUAUGGUUUGAUCACUGAGGCAAUCAUUAAUAUUGUGUUCUAUUUUGAUAGUCUGUCAUUCUGGUUCACAAGAGAUAAUAUAAUCACUGACAGUAAGCAUUGUCUGUCACCUUUUUAAAAUCAUAUACUCUGAUUUUUUUCAGAAUAAAAAAAGAACCCUAACUCUGGCUAAUUGCCUCUCCAUCUUCACAGUUCCAUGAAAGUAUUUAGUUAAUCUAGCAUGCUUAAAUAUUGUAUGCCCCAAAUUAACUUUUGGGAUAGUUACUGCUUUAAGCCUUUAAUAUUGUUCUUUAAGACAGAUAGGUGUAUCCUUCCAAAUGUAUCACCACCUUUCACUGAAAUACAGUUGAAAUGUGACUUUUCUGAAGGGUGUGAACAGGGGCAGAUUUUAAACAAGUUGCUUUAGAAUCAGGCAAAAACAUUCUGCAUAGUCUUCUUUGACAGGUAUCUGAUCUGCUACAUUGAAUAUGUAAUAUUUAGCAUUAACAGAAAGUUUUACUGCCAGUGAAUUUUGGUUAUGUUUAAUUUGGAAUAGUUAAUGAUAAACUAGAAUCUUGAAUUAUGCACAGCUUUGCAAUGCCUUUGCAUUAUAUCAUUUUUUAAAUAUCUGCAAUAUGAUCUUUCAUCAUUAUUUGCAUUAGAGUGGGUUUUUUUAUGGCUACGGAGAUGAACAUAGAGAAGGUUCAAAAUGCUAUUUUAAGGUUAUUUUUUCUUCAUUUUAUAAUGAAGGGGAGCUUGGGAAUUUUCACUUUACGCUUUUUUAUUUCUAGAUUUGUAUUUGUUGAAUGUCAGUUUUUUUAACGAGGUAAGCUGUAAAAUGAGACUUUGGGAUAACAAUUUGGCAGUCAGUUUAAAAUGUACCAGCUCGUACCAUGCUGAAUAUUUAUAAAUCAAAAUUAAGGGUGGUGCAUAGGCAAAGUCAAGCCUGCAGUGCUGAUAUUACAAAGCAAACUCUGCUGAUAUGACCAAAACGUCGUGUGGAAUGUCUUUGUUUUGUCUGAAAUUGUAUAACCACAAAACUUUAAAAAUCAUGUAUAGUUAGAUCCCUUAUUUCUGCUGUUACAGUAAAAUAUAUCAAAUUCCUUCUGAAUAAAAUUAUUUUAAACAAA